AUGAUUGCUCCCAAGACCUACCAGUUCCUCGUCGGCGUCUUCGCCUCUCUUGGAUCAUUCAACUACGGUUAUGAUCUUGGUGUCAUUGGCGGCAGCGUUGCCGCGUCUUCCUUCGUAGAAGAAUUUCAUCCCAAUGCAGAUGAAGUCGGUGCUGUCGUGUCCCUCUUCACUGGAGGUGGAUUCUUCGGAGCUGCGGCAGCUGGUCCCCUGGGUGACAUACUGGGUCGACGAUACGCCAUCAUGAUUGGCGCCAUCAUUUUCUGCCUCGGCGGUGCCUUGCAAGCAGCAGGCCAGAGCCUGUCUUUCUUCUACGCCGGUCGAGCUGUAGCUGGACUCGGUGUUGGUAUCCUCGUCAUGAUCGUGCCCAUGUACCAGGCCGAAAUCGCCCAUCCUUCUAUUCGAGGCCGAGUCACUGGCCUGCAGCAACUGAUGCUUGGUAUUGGAGCCACUUUUGCCACAUGGACUGUUUACGGCACCAACAAGAACUACACCACGAGUGAGCAGUGGCGCAUCCCUCUUGGUCUCCAGAUCAUCCCCGCCGGCAUUCUUGCGCUCAUGAUCCUCCUCUUCCCGGAAUCUCCUCGAUGGUUGAUCGACCACGGCAAGGAAGAGGAGGGACUCACCACUUUGGCCAAGCUUCACGCCAACGGAAAUGAGAGCGACCCCUGGGUUCAGGCCGAGUAUUUCCAAAUUCAAUCCGCCAUUGCUCACGAGCACGAGCAUGCGGCAAAGGGCUACAAGGAUCUCUUCACCGAUCGUUCCAGCUUCCGACGACUUUUUCUGGUCACCGCCCUCCAGGCUUCAGUUCAGAUGACCGGUGUGUCUGCCAUCCAAUACUUUUCUCCAGCUAUCUAUAAGACGAUAGGCAUCGGAACUACCGAGGCAUUGAAGUACCAGGCUAUUAGCAACGUCCUCUCUGUCCUUGCUCAGCUCUGCACGGUCCUGUUCAUCGACAAGCUGGGUCGCCGCUGGCCUCUCAUUAUGGGCAACGCAAUCAACUGUCUUUGCUUCGUCAUUGUCACUGCAGCCAUCGCCAGUUUCCCCAAAGUCUCCUCGUCGGUUCAGAACCAACUCGGCUGGCUCUUCAUCGUUACCAACUGGUUCUACCAAGUCAGUUUCUCAUUCACCUGCGGUUCUCUGUCAUGGAUCAUUCCCGCCGAGGUGUUUGACACCAAGACUCGCUCCAAGGGUAUUUCCAUCGGUGUCAUGGUCUCCUUCGCUUUCAACACCAUGAUUGGACAGAUUACCGCACCCGCCAUCAAAAACAUUGGCUGGAGGUACUUCCUGCUGUUCGUGGUGUGCAAUGCCACAAACGCCAUCUUCUUCUGGGCGUUCAUGCCGGAGACGAAGUUGCUGCCGCUUGAGGAGAUGAACGAGUUGUUCUCGAGCACGUCUUGGUUUGUGCCAGGUACGAAGCGAAAGCAAGUCAGCGAUUUGGACGCUAGGGUUGAGGAAGCCAAGUCUCAGAAGGAGGAUGUGGCGGGAGUUGAGACUAUUAACUAG